GGGUGGAAUAUUUGACCUUAAUUUUUCUUGGUGUUGAUUUUUGAAUAAUCAAGACUCAAGAGGCUCUAGAAGAAGGCUCGAGUCCAUGACCAUCUUAUCUUGGGCCUGGUUUCAGUAACUGGGCUUUUAAAUAAAACUAUCGGGUGAUAUAUGAUGACGGCCCAAAUAUUUCUAUCAGAACAAAAUAGAAGAUUAGAAGUUGCUGCUUCUCUCGCAUUGAAGAAGACAACCAAAUCGAUCGAGAUCAGCUUCUACUGGUUUUGGAUUGGAUUGCCUGAAGAACGUGUCUGAAUCUGUGAAAUUCGUCAUGGGUUUUGCGGUGACAACUCUAAUCUUUGCAAUGGUGGGCGUAAUUGCUUCGCUUAUGGUCAGAAUCUGCUGCAGCAGAGGCGCUUCUGCUAAUCUGCUCCACCUUACAUUAGUUAUUACUGCAGUAGUGUGCUGCUGGAUGAUGUGGGCAAUUGUAUACGUUGCACAGAUGAAACCACUUAUUGUUCCAAUCCUAAGUGACGGAGAGUAAGGUGCACAUAUAAGGAUGUCCAUGCAGAAUCAGGUCACUCGUCAUUCUUUCAGACUUCCCAUUCGGGAUUUCUAUGUAUAAUUUUGGAAGAGAGUUGGAUUCUAAGUGACCUAGGGAUGUUGUAUUAAUGUAUUUGUUUCAUCCUUGGAACAAGUUGACAGAGCAUUCUGUGUACCUCACUCGUAUGAAUGUGAAAUAAAGAAUCAAAUUCUCCUGUAUGUACCUCAGUCAUUCUUCUUCUUUGUCUCAAUGGAAUAAUUGAAGUUCUUCGUAAUCCCUAGCAUAAAGCCGUGGAUGAGAUUGG